AUGUCCACCAGCAGCCCAUUGGCGCCCCCUAUCAGCUGGGCACAGCGCCCCGAGUACGUCCUCAUCACGAUCCCGCUGCAGGACACCACGAGUGUUUGUGUGGAGAUCAAAGAUGAGGGUAAGGAGCUACGCUUCGCCUGCAGCUCGCCCGAGCACAAGCAGUACGCGUGCACAAUCCACUUCUACGGUGCGAUAUCCUCCGAGGAGAGUCAGCACGUGGUGCGGCCGCGUCAGAUCGAGCUGAAGCUGCGGAAGAAGUUCUCCAAGUCACUUGAAGACGCCAACGACGACGAGGUGGAGUGGCCGCGGCUGACCAAGGAAAAGGUCAAGUACCCCAACAUCACCAUCGACUGGUCUAAGUGGAAAGACGAGAACGACGACGAAUGCGCUGCAGAUGACUUGGGGGACUUCGGCCUCAGCGGCGGCGACGCAAUGGACGGGCAGUACUCGGAGAUGCUCAGUCAGCUGAUGCAGGCACAGGGUCAGAGGGACGCAGAGGAGUCGGCAGGCCUUCCGACCGGCACCAUUCCUGCAUUUGGCUCCGCGCGAGGGCAGGAGGCCACUCACGGCACAUCUGCGGGAGCCGGAGAUGACGACGGCGACAUGCCGCCGCUAGAGGAGGACACGUGA